GAUAAUUAAUUAUGGUUUUUUUUAUUGUUUUAAUGAUCGUAAAAAUAAAUCUACACAAAAGUAUACAAGAAUAAACGUAUAACAUUAAAUAUUAAGUAUGGAGUUCGUUAUGCGACCUCUCAAGUUUCCACAACAAGGUGAUAUUUAAAAUUGUUAGUUCUCACGUUUGGGAAUAAAAUAAGAAAACAAUUAAAACAAAAGAAACAAGGACAAACUGAACCCAGCCAUAUCACUGGUGUUCAGGCAAGCGUGAAUAAAUUAGUAAGUAAUAUUGUUCACACACAAAAUACCCUUCAUAACAUUUUACUUAUAACUUAGUUGGAAAUCCUAGUUUUGAAUACUUUAAUAUUUAAUUGAAUACUCAACUUAUAGUAUGAAGUAUAUAUGGCCCCGAAAGAAAAAGAAAGCUUGAAAAAAAAACAUUCUGCAUGAAUAUGCAGUAGCUCCAGUAAAAGAAACAUAAGUGAUAGUUUUCAGGCCGACUAUUACGUGAGCGGCGGUUUAUAUAACAGCGUGACAUGAGUAACAGGAAUGCAGUUUUUCUCAUCGAAUGGUUUUUCAGCGGCGCGUGCGCACCAUGCGCGGCGGCAGGCGAGGUCUGUUUGGCAACGCGCUGGCUGGCACUCACUCACAUCUUGGGUGACAUCGACACAUUCCGUGCAUAACACUGCAGCUCUAAUCGAUUCAACACGAUAACAAUACUGAAAAUUAUUGGCUCCUGAUAACGAAGGUUUUUCGCCACACACGUUGCGAGAACCGUUUUGUCAGUAUUGCGGGGAUUGUUUACUCAGCCUAACGUGGACAAAAACAAUCGACAAUUAAGUAUUUUUAUGAAUCUUAAAUAAUAUUUUGUUUAUAAUCGUUACAAUGUGCGCGACAAUUUGUAUGUACUAAAUAUUUUUGUUGGAUCUUAUUCGUGAUAUUAAAUAAAUAAGUGAAGUUUGGAAAUGGGGAAUUCAAAAUCUAAGAAGGCUCAAAAGGAACCGGAUAAGUUUUUCGAGAGGGAGCGUUGGAAGGAACAGAAGCGUGAGGAGAAGAGGAAGAAGGUGGUGAACCAUGCGAACAGGAGAGGAGGGUUGAAGGAGCCGCCGGUGACGCCGACGGUGCUGGCGCCGCCGCCGCCCGGGCCGGGCCCGCCGCCCGCGCCGCAGCACGUGCGCUCCUACGACGAGGAGGCGCUGGACCGCAUGCGGUACCAGCUCCACAACGACUCCGACGCCUUCCUCCUCAACAACAUUCUACUCUCCGUACAAUUCUUCGAGAAUUUCGAACGCGAAGUCUAUCAAAUAAAGAAUAAUCCUAUAAGCGAACGUGAGAACUUGAUCAACGAGGCGAUGGUGCGUCAGAACAAACAUGUAUUUUUCGCGGAUCGCCUUCAAGAAUGCGUUCACGAGCAUGUCAGCUACCAGAGGAGCCGAGGCCAGACCGAGCCGCUGUCAGCUCCGAGACUGUUUGUUAUCUACGACAAUAUGGAAGCUAGCGAACCCGGAGAUACCUCUGAUUACAGCGCCGUGCUUGAUGCACCUUUCUACAAGUUGGGGAUCGAGGAUUGCAAGGAACCAGGGUACGCGAAACUGAAGAAAAUUGAAGUAUUGGAGAGCACUCUCCAAAAAGAAAACGAAAUGAUUGAUAUAAAAAAACCUGAUUCGGAUGACGACAGCAUUUACACGGAUUCAGAAAAAGAAUCGAUUAAUUCUGAUGAUUGUCCCUAUAGUGUGAACAAAGGUGAAGACCUAUUGCAUCACAUUAAAUCUAAAUUAGAAAGUAAUGAUUUGUAUGUGGCUUCCGAACCGAAAGCAUCUCCGGACAUGACCGCGGUUGUCGGUAGAAGAUUUAGUGGACCGGUGAAACAAGUGAGCUUGCAAGUAACAAAAAGCAAUAUUUCAAAUAUUAACCGACUCCGGAAAAACAAUUCUGUAGUAAUUGAAGAAAAUGAAACUAAUCUCGUGGAUAGAAAAGGCAUUUAUGAUGAAAGUGUAAUGCCAAGAAAAUCUAUUUUAAAAACUCAUAGAAGGUUAAGUGGACCAAACAAAGAUAUGAAGUAUGUUAGUACCGAAAUGCGAAAGGCUUACUCAGAAAAUACUCUAGCUGAAGAUACAGAAACUUCGGGGUACAGGUCAAACUCAAGCAGUCGACAAACUGAAUCUAGUGAAACUGAAUCUGAUUACGGUUAUUCUACUAUAACGGAAUCAGCGACACCAAAGAGAAUAGAACUAAGUUUGCAGUCCAACUACUCAUUAACAUCAGGUGCCUUGCCUGAUGAUUCUUGGACACCUGUAGAUGUCAAAGCUUUGGGUGAAUGGAGCGAUGAUGACGACGAUGAAAUUGAUGUUGCUUCAAAAUCGUCUUUAUCACCAAACUUGUUUGAAAGAUCUUACUAUCUAAAUUCUUUGAAAUUCAUGAACAAUUUUGUGGACAGUUUUAUAAUCAGUUUGGGUUCUGGGUUGGGACUUUCCACUGACGAAGUCAACUCUGCAUUAACUCAAGGUGCGAGUAUUUAUUGCAAUUCAGUGAAAAACGGGUCUAAAAUUGGUUACGAAAUAUUUCCUGCUCUAGUAGCUGCUUGGCCAAACGCAGCAAAUCAGUGGAUUAUUAGAGAAAGAAGAAUUAUACAAAAUCCUAGAACAAACUUUAGUUAUCAGUGGCCCACUAAAUAUAUGGUUAAUAAAGCUGUCGGAUUCGGAUGUUUGUUGGUGCCGAUAGGCUUUAGACCCAAGAGAGGUCAAAAUCCAGCCCAAACAUUACAGUGGAAACUUAUCUUCCCAGCAGCUGAACGAUAUUUGGAGAGUUGUCUAGCGCAUUCUCAUAUGAGAUGUUAUUUAUUUACUCUAGCUUUACAUAAAACUUUUAUGGAAAAAGAACAAGCAAAAAUCGGUAUUGAUGCUAGUCAUAUUAAAAACCACUUGUUUUGGCAAUGUGAAGAUAACUACGCUAAAUGGCCAGAAGAUCGACUUGGUGAGACUUUAAGAUUGUUUCUAAGAAGCUUUUAUGUCCAUUUUGGUCAGUCAAGAAUGCCGAAUUAUUUCGUGGAUACUUGUAAUGAAUUUAAGAGCAUACCAAAGCCUAUGCUGCUAAAACUUCAAAGAAGAUUGGCAGAUAUUUUGGAAGCACCUGUUAUGCAUGUACUUCACUCCCUUGACAAGAUCAAAUACAACAAACGUGAUUUUUACCCAACACUUAACUGUCAAAGACUUUAUGAUAUACUUACUUGCAAAAAUCCAUUACGCAUCAUAAACCCUAAUAUUCCUUCUGUUGUCCCGAGCUAUCAAAACGAUUCUUCAGAUAGUGAUGACGACACUGAGAUCAACUUUUGGGAUAAAGCUAAAGCUCAAGAUAAACAUUAUCAAUGGAAAAAAGAAAGACAGCGUCAAAUGCAGGAAAGACGAAAAGCUCAGAUGAAUGUUAAAAAGAAGUCAUUGGCUAAACUGGAUAGAGAGAUAAAACCAAACAUUAUACUACCAGCAAAAAUGGAAACGGAGCGACGACGAUUGGUGCUGGAGUUCUUCAUUCCUCAUUUCAUCGCAAUGGCACGAUCCAGCGAGAGAUUUGAUUCCAUUAGACAGGCUGUAAUAUAUCUGGAGCAAGCGCAGAGACUCUGCACACUCUUGCUAGAAGAGCCUGGCGGCGAUAACACGGCUAAUGAGUAUUUAGAUGUUAUCCACGAUAAAUUGACUGAUUGUCAGAGGAAAUUAGUAAAACAGAUGAACAAGUUACCGUCGAGGCAAGAAAGCAAUCUUGAUCGUAACAUGUACCGAGUUGCUCGUAAGCAACGGCCACAGUUUGAAAAUCAAAACCAGCCUUCCCCGUCUGAUUACCCCGGAAUACAACCAUUCAGCUUCGUGGAUGUGCAUGUCGACGGCUCGGGACACAGCGAUCAUUUAAAACUAAAUGAUAUUAUUGGAGAAGAGUCUAAAUUGUGAACCAUGUAAUAAGUAUUUUAAUUUAGUUAUUAAGCACAAUUAAAACAUAUUUUAUAAAUAAGAAUUGUGAAUAGUGAUAUGAACUCAAUUCUUCGAAUUGUUUGUAAAAUCUUAGAUAUGGAAUCUCGUGUUUUUUUUGCUCUUUAUAGGAGAUAUUUGGCAUCAUGUAAUCAGUGGUCAUUGAAAUAAAGUAACGCUAGGUAGUUAAA